AGGCAGGGUGCCCCUGGCUCUGCCUGCAGUGGCCCAGUGCCCACCUGCGUCCACUCCCAGCUCAAGUUCCUGCCUUCCAGACCGAGGGGUACUGUGCUCCCUGACGGCUCACUCCUUGCCCCAUAGCAGGUCUGUCCUGGAUCACCAUCAAUCAGCCCUUCCCAACUCUGCAUUUUCUGAAGAAGCUGUAGACCCACGUUCACUGGAAGAGCAGGCUGAAGAAAGCAGGCAGGCUGCCGGGCACCAACUCACUGGCUCCUGCUCAGGGCACAAUGGCAUCCGUGCCUUCCGCUGGUUGUCUUCUGGCCAGAAAUCAGUAUUAUCGAAAGGCCAGUGUUUCUUCAGGCACCUCUUUAACUAGCCCUGAUUCUGCCAACUUCGUAGGUGAUGACAAAGCCCAGCUAGGAUCACCCGAAGUGGCAGAAUCCACCUGGUGGUUUAAAUCCUUUUUCCAGUCUGUACCUGUGUUUUCAAAUGUAAAAAGAGAAGAUCAGUCUGCUUGUGGGGGGAAUGGACCAGGAAGCAGAAGCAAGGUACCUUUAGGAACAAAUAACUACUCUCUACUCCAACAAGAGGAAUCACAGAGCCUUGGAGAAAUGGCUGAUUCUGGAACAGUAAAACAGUAAAAGACAAGCCUGGACCAUUUCAUGAUGCCCCCAAAGAUACAAAUGCCCCCCAAUGAUGGGGAUAUAUCAAAAUGACACGGGAAUGAAUUGGGCACGUCUGGGACUAUUUCAGCAAUAUUUUUCCAGUUUACCUUGACUGUGAAGACAACCUAGCUUACAAAUAAGCAUUUCUCAGCUGAUGAUCUUUGCUUUGCGGUUUGGAGGGCAGUGUUGUAACAGUUAACUACACUAUGCAAAGUAUUACCAUUGUUUGCAACUCUAUGUAAUAGCCACCCUCUGAGGCCCUGCAGGUGCGACCCCCGGACCCUUUAGCACCUGAGCUACUCCUGGUGAUCGUCUCCUUUAUAAGAAGAUGAAAACCUUCUGGAUAUCUCACUUACAAGACAAGACAAGACCGCUGCAGCCACACACAUGGCAAAAGUUUAGGCAUUUUCUUCAAUGUUGAGAGUAUUCCUGCCACCGGUGUCAGCUACAUGGAGAACACUGGAAAAGCCUUUGAAAACAUGUGACCUUCAAAUAUACAUGAUACCUUCAAACAUACAAAGAUUCAUGUGAAAUAGCCUUUUCAUUACCCUUAUAAUUUUUCAAAUUUUUUAAAAAUCAAAAAUUGUGUGUUAAUUUUCAAAAAGCUUGUUAAACUCUCAUUACAUCUGUUAAUUGUUUUAUUAUGCCUGAAAACUGAAGCAUUCAUGCCUAACAUAAUUGUUUUAAGAGCCCUGGAUUCAGAAGUGUAAAAAAAGAGUUGCAGAAAUUAUAUUUUUAAUCAUGAACAUUGGAAAUAGAAAACAUACCCAUUAAUACAUUAUCUGUUGAAUACAUUACUGUACAUAUUUGGUUAUGUAGACUUUAAAAUUCAUGAUUGUAAAUUAUUUUCAACAGCAUGGAAAACCAUGAUGAUACCAAGUUGGAUGAAAAAAAGCAGGAUAAUCUGUAUAUGAUAUGAACUUUGUCGUAUUUAAAAGGUAUAUAUGCUUAAGAGUAGAUUGGAAGGGAAUAUAUCAAAAUGGUAACAAUGGUUAUUUUUAGAGAUGGGAGUUUGGGUGGUUUUCAUUUUCUUCUUUGUAUUUUUCUGUACCUUUUCAAAUUGACUAAUAUGAUCAUGGUUUUGUGUAUAAUUUGGAAUACAUAGAGGAGGGCUGGAAUACACUUUCUGAAUGUGAAUAUUCCUGACAUCAGAUAGAAUAUUUCCUUCUUUCCUUCAUGUUUGGUAGAUAAUGCUAAAGGAGCUUCAGCUGAACGUUUUCUGAUACUACUAGCAAAUAUCUUUCAACGUAAGCUGCCAGUCUUAGCAGUUAGGGAUGCUGCGUUCACCCAGAGGUAGACAUCAGUACACGCUGGUGUGGCUGACGGUGCACUAACCACCUGAAGGGAGCACUGUCUUUCUGCCAACACAGGACCAUGCAGACAUGGCAGGAUGGCCUCCUCAGUGAUGGACACCUCACCAGCCUUCACUGGUCCCUCCAGAUGGGAUGUGUUCUCCUUCUAAGUCACGUUCCUUCAUCACUUUGCUGUCAGUGAAGGGAUUCAAAGAUCCCUGUGGCCCAAUAGUACUUCAUUGCUGACAUUACUGCUCUUCUAAUGGUUACUUGCCUUUACACUUUUUAUGCAUUAGUGGAGGCUCAUUAAAUCUUUGAGCUCUACAUUUCAUUUGCCUUUACUCUAAAAUCAAAUUAGCAUGAUUGAAGACUGAAUUUUUCCAAAGUGAGAGAAAAGUGCAGUGAAACAAAAUGGUAAAUUGUGGGAGGUUUUGUUUUUAAUUUGAGAUUAUUAACAAAUUCCUUUUUUUGGUAAUCACUUGGGAUAUGUGUGAACAGAUGGCUUGUUUAGUUUAUUGGGUAAAUUUCCCCAAAUAAGCUAUCAAGUCGGUAUUUACUUUGUCUACUUAGAAAGAUACUGUUUGUUAAGUUACAUUUUGCCUUUGUGUUUGCAGUAUUUUUAAUGUGUUUAGUGCUGUUACUGAAGGUUAUUAUUGUUUAAGAUAGUUAAAUUUUACAUAAGGUUUUAAAUCCAACAUAUUAUCAUGAACAUAUAUAGUUAUUAAGCACUUUAGAUUAAUGUAUAUAUACACACACACUACAUCUAUUUGUGUGGAUUUGUAGUUGCCAGAUAAAUAGAUGUAUAGCUAUAGAUCCUCUGAAAAAUAUUAGGAGUCUUUCCAAAAAAUAAUGUUAAAGUGAACUCAUAUAACGUUUGGCUUCCCUGGUGGCUCUGUCAGUAAGGAAUCUGCCCGCCAUGCAGGACGCUCAAGUUCAAUCCCGGGUCAGGAGGAUCCCCUUGAGAAGGAAAUGGCAACCUACUCCAGUAUUCUUGCCUGAAGAAUCCCAUGGACAGAGGAGCCUGGUGGCUGAAGUCCAUGGGGUUGCAAAGAAUCGGACAUGACUUUGUGACUGUACCACAUACAAUGAUUAAAAACUGAAAGGCUUGCUUUGUGCUAUUCCAGAGUUUCUACAGAAUUAUGAUGAUAGAAAUAGUGACAACAGAAUGUCUCUUAGGUAAAUUCUAGAUAAUUGAUUCUCAUGCAAUUUUCCCACCAUUCAGACACUUUGGGGCUGUACUUUAAAAAGUACCUCAGAUGUAGGUCUCAGCAUUAACUGUGGUUUUAGUUAAAACAUCUCCUGGCUUUGUUGCCUACUGAAGAGAUAAUAAAUAGUAAAGGUAAUUAUGUCAGAGGGGUGUCCAUGUGAUCUGAAACAAGCUAUGAUCAUUCUAGCGUGAUUUAUGAAAUGCUAUUUGACUGGCCCUGGAUGUUGGUAUCAAACGAAACAAAGCUUUGAUAAUUUGCCCUCAGUUUCUAUGGAAGUUUAUGUUGAGAUUCCACUAACCUUUUUGUGAAGUGGUUUUGAUGGCAGGUUGGAUAUUAUUGGCCCCAUAUUGAUUACAGAUAAAGCCACCAACAGCCAGUCCAAUUCUGUCUGAAGUCCUUCUGCUGGAGCUUAGGCCUAUUUGAUGCUUCAUACAUUUUGUAGAAGUUUAGGUUGUUAGGCCAAUACUUUGGCCAUCUGAUGCAAACAGCUGACUCAUUGGAAAAGACCCUAAUG